CACACCCUGCCAAAAAGGAAGGCGAAGCAUACUUUCAGUUUCAGCCCACACAAGAAGGGCAGGAGAGAAGAGCCAUGGCCGACAAGGUCCUGAAGGAGAAGAGAAAGCUGUUUAUCCAUUCCAUGGGUGAAGGUACAAUAAAUGGUUUACUGGAUGAAUUAUUACAGACAAGGGUGCUGAACCAGGAAGAGAUGGAGAAAAUAAAACGUGAAAAUCCUACAGUUAUGGAUAAGGCCCGAGCUGUGAUUGACUCUGUUAUUCGCAAAGGGGCACAGGCAUCCCAAAUUUUCAUUACAUACAUUUGUGAAGAAGACUGGUACCUGGCAGGGACACUGGGACUUUCAGCAGGUCCGAUACCUGGAAAUUAGCUUAGUACACAAGACUCCCAAGGAGUACUCUCUUUCUUCCCAGCUCCUCAGGCAGUGCAGGACAACCCAGCUAUGUCCACAUCCUCAAGCCCAGAAGGCAGCAUCAAGCUUUGCUUUCUAGAAGAACCUCAAAGGAUAUGGAAACAAAAGUCACAGAGGUGCCAUGUUCAGAAUACAAUAAUAAAGUAGAGUGAAAGAUAUACUUCAGGCAGUUCUGAAAUUCAGUGGCUUUUUCUUAGAAGCAAUUUUAUUGAGUGGUUCUGGAGAAUCAUACUUCUGCUCCCCUUGCAUAAAGGAUUUCUAUAUCCUAGAAUCCCAGGUUUAUGUAAAGAAUUGCAAACUGGAACUCAUAAAUUAUCGUAGUCUUCACCCA